AUGCCGUCCAUUGUCCAGCAUGCCCUCGCUGGGGAAGCAAUCGUCAACGGUGCCUUCUCUAUCGCUUGUAUUCUUUUCCCCGGCCGAUUGCUAUCCCCUUUGGUGGCAUCGGAAUCAGUUCCCAAUAGUACCAGUGCUGUAUUCAAGUUCUUCGGUGCGGUGACCCUCGGAAUGUCAGCACCCAUGGUCUUAUCUAUAGCGGAUUCCAGAGACGCUGCAGCGAAGCGGAAGUUAACAUACGCGUCAUGUUCGGUCAUCGAGAGCGCCCUCGUAUCUAUUGUCCUCUGGCAAACUACGCAGCCGGAAGCUAGUGGCUUUACCUUCAACGGAUUGAUUUCGCUUUUGGGCUCACUAGUACCGGCACUCGUAUGGCAUUUAUAUGUGCUGCUUUCGAAGCCUCACUGGUUUACGCCUGAGUCUGCUUAUUCGGCAGAAGGAGAGGAAGAAGAGGCAGAACAGUCUGAGUCAAAGAGCCCGUCGAAUGCAUUUCUGAGUAUUACGGAUAAAUGCGUAAGGGUGGGCGACCAGCCGUUCGUCGUGGUUGCGAGCCAGUAUCACCUUCGCAAUUGGUACCGAGAAAGCAAGCUCCUGGGCGAUUGGAUUAUUGGGGCAACCCAGAAUGGACAAGGCGGGCCUUGA